AUGACAACGGCAACAUCUCCCUACGCUCCAACACGCCGACAGUCUUUUGCAUCGGUGGGCAGUCAAUCAUCCUCGUCCAUUGGAACGGGAAAAUCACGUGGACUGUGUGUCAUUAGUCUCGUCUGGUUUAUUCUUCAUUUCUGGAGGGGCAAGCUUGGUCAGCUUGCGGUUGUGCAGCGUCUUCAAACUCAUUUGGAACGCCUGCAUGUCGUCGCUUCAGUUGCGCUAAGACCCGUUUUGUACAUCCUAAUUCAAUGGACCAAAACUCUGCAUUUGAAGCUUCUGGUACAUGCUAGCUUGACGCCACGACCCCAAACCGAGUGUAAGAAAACGGUAGAAUCGAGGAACCUAAAGGAGCGCAUCGUGGAAAAUGACCAGCAGCUUUUGGAAGAGCAUAGUAUGCAUGGCGUGUCCCAAGAGGCGAACAAUCUUCAUCGUACAAAAGAGCAACUCGUACUGCUGCAACGUUUCCGUGAAAAUAAAACGCUAAUUGACGACAUUUUACACUUUUGGUUCGGGCAAUACGUGCCGGAUCAAUCACAAAAGAAGCUUUGGAUGAUAUCGGAACAGACAAAAGCAUCCCGGCAGCGAAUAGAUCAGCGAAUUGCAUCAGAUUACACGGGUAUUCUAAAACAGCUUCUGGGCAGGGAGCGUUGGGGUCAAUGGUGCGAAGAGGCUGAUCUCUACGGCUGGAGAGGAAAACUUGCUUCGAUAAUUGUCUUGGAUCAGUUUUCGCGCCACAUUCAUCGAUAUUUCGUUGAAAACAACAUCCAGACCAAAGAUUGUUUAGCUGAACAAAGCGUGAUGGAUAGUAUGGCCUUCCAGACAGCAAAAAUGUUGGUCCAGGAACACCAUAUGGAAAUUCAAUCUGGCAUGAUACCGCUGCCCAUGUAUAUUUUUGCGCUCAUGCCGUACCGACAUCAAUCCGGUAUUGACACCGUAUCUUUUGUGCAAGCGCAAGUGGAACAAGCAAACCGUUUGAUGUCACAAUUUGAUGGUAUGCUCAAGCGAUUUCGCAAAGCCACCAGUCGUCGCAUGGCGAUCUUGCAAGACCACGGGCGCCUGAUAGGUAUUGGAACAACGGCUGAACUCUCCGAUGACGCCAUAUUAGAACGCUUCCCUUUUGCAGCCGAUAUGAGCACCGCCAACAAGCAUCCCGUACUGCGAACGAUGCAAACCUUUCUGAAAGAACAAGAUAGUAAAUUGGAUAUCAACACAGGAAACAGCAGUAAUCCAAAGACGAGAAAAAUAAUCAUUUCCCUUUCGGGCGGGGUCGACAGUAUGGUCAUUGCUUCUGCUCUUGCGCAUUUAAGGCGGUCGCUUGGCUACAACUUGCAACUUACUGCUGUUCAUAUUGAUUACGCGAAUCGUCCUGAUUCCAAAGCGGAGGCAUCGUACGUAGAGCGGUAUUGCCAACAACUUGAAAUCGAAUAUCACGUUCGAAGAAUCGAGGAAGUGACACGGGGAGUAACUAACCGUGACGAAUAUGAAAAGCGUACAAGGGAGCAAGCACGUAGUGAGGUCGAUGAAGAGGUUGGCGUGAUGCUUGGACAUCACCGCGGAGAUCUUCGCGAAAAUGUCUUGUCGAAUGCACACAAAGGGUCGGGGCCAUUGGACUUGAGUGGGAUGACAGCUGUGAGCAUCAAUGAUGGUGUCAUUAUCCAUCGACCCCUCCUGAGGUUAGAAAAGACGGUAAUCUUCGACUACGCACAUACUUUCGGCGUUCCAUACUUUAAGGAUACGACACCGCACUGGUCGACGCGAGGCAAGCUCCGAAACCAUUUGAUGCCUCUACUAGAGGAGAUUUAUGGUGAAGGGAGUAUGAACAAUUUGAGCAAUCUCGCGGUAGAGAGUGAUGAUUGCCGAGAGCUAGUUAACACGUCAACUCUCAAACCGUUCCUCGAUGGACUCACACUCUAUCCUAUGGGUAUUCGCUUUAAAACUGCGUGUUGGAAACGGAACGGGCUCUUUUUUUGGAAGUUCGUACUGCGGGAAACUCUUCAUUCUGUGGGACUGGGGAUGUUUUCGGACAAGUCUGUGGCCUCGUUUCUAGGCCGUGUGCAAGCCGAAACAAUCCGCGAAGGCUGGCUCCAGUGUCGAAAGGACUAUGCAGUGUAUUUGCAAAAAAAUGGCCACGUCUACGUUUUCUUUCCAAAGAGUUUCCCAUUUCGUCCAAGUGACGCUUUCAAGAUACCGAAGGACCCGGUUGAUUUUGGUGCUAGCAAUGCUGUGCACGUCGGCCCCUGGAGAAUCCGUUCUGAGCUUUUAAACGUUCAAGACAAAGCAACGAUGAUCAAGCGAACCAAGCAUUAAAGGAUCCGGAGGCUUACGGGGCAACACACGAAAAUAAAAACGGGCAGAAGUCUAUCAACCCCAUUUUUGUUGCCAAGGUUACUAUUCACUUGGAGAACUUACAGUCAAACCGCUCGGAGCGUUCUAGCUAAGUCAUUGAUAAAUUAUUCUUGAACUUG